AUGAGUAUUUCCAAGACGACAUUAAGACCAACGUUACAGCAAUACAUGCACACUGCUGUUCGACAAUCACUCAAUCGAGCAAACUACAGCACGUCUUCUGAAUUAUUGUCAAUUGCUAAUAAAUACUGUUCUGAUUCUAAAAAGGAGGAGUGUAGACAAGGCGAUUAUGAAGCCUAUUUGGCAGUCUCGUUCUUUCCGAGUCACUUGAGAGAUACCCAACUUGCUAUCCGUGCAUUCAAUGUCGAGAUUGCGUCUAUUCGUGAAAACGUCUCCAACCCAACUAUUGGAAAGAUGAGAAUGCAAUUCUGGAAAGAUACUAUUGAUAAUGUCUACAAAGUAAAUAAGAGAGAAGCUAAAGGGAUAAACUCAGGAAAACCUCCUCAGCAACCGAUUGCUUUAGCCUUGGCUGAAUCAUUGAAGCAUACCCAAUUGUCCUCAAUGUGGUUCAAGCGAAUUAUUACUGAAAGAACAACCAACCUUGACGAUCACCAAUUCAUGACAAUUCAGGACAUGGAGACCUAUUCAGAGAACACGGCCACAAGUGUGCUGUAUCUACAACUGGAGUCUCUUGGUCUAAGAGAUGUUCAGGCUGACCAUGCAAUCAGCCAUAUGGGAAAAAUGAUGGGCAUUACUACCUUUUUGAGAUCGUUUCCUUUCCAUUUGGGUCAAAAGAGAUCUGUCCUUCCUGCACAGAUAACUGCAAAGUAUGGUAUCUCUCAAGAAGAUCUGUUUCGUCAGGGCCAAGUCGAGGGUUUGGAAGAUGCUAUAUUUGAAGUUGCCACUGCAGCCAAUGAUCAAUUAUUGACAGCCAGAUCAAUGCUCGAGACUGUGCCACAACAAGCAUUUCCUGUGUUGCUUGCAGCAGUACCAUAUAUAAAGUAUCUUGAGAAACUUGAAAAGGCUAAUUUCAAUGUGUUUGAUCCAAGUCUUCAACGUAAAGACUGGAAGUUGCCACUUUCUCUCUGGAAUGCUUACAGAAAACACACCAUUUAA